AUGCUCCUUUCGACGGUCACAGGCUUGCUCGCUCUCUUCUUGCCCUGGAUCCAUGAUGACCUGAAGCCUGUCAGCCCGAAGACGCUGAAUUUUCAGUUACGCCAUUACCAUGCAGUAUCCUCGGAAGCUAAAGUGGUCUUCCAUGAUGCGCGUCCGUCCCAGAGUCUCGUAGCUCCUCCUCCGGAAUACGCUCUUCGUAGCAGAACAAUCAAGACUCGCCGCCCUGUGUCUCUCUCUGCGUUUGCUGAAGCGCGUACACGAUCAAUCAGGUUCGCCCAGAGUGCGUUGCUCGACUGGGACGAAGAUGAAGUUCUGGGGCCCGACGUUGAGAGCCGCGAAACUCUUCUGGAGCUCGCAAAGAUGACGAACAACGCCUACUUGGAGCCGGGAGAAACAGGCUGGUACGAGCUGGGAGGCGGCUGGAAUGUUAGCUACCCAGUAGGCUGGGAGCCUGAUGCAGAUGGAUUCCGUGGGCAUGUCUUCGCGACUCCAGACAACUCGACCGUGGUCCUGUCCAUCAAGGGGACGUCCGCUGGAUACGUAGGUGGAGGCGGGCCGACGUCGAAGAAGGACAAGUUCAACGACAACCUGUUGUUCAGCUGCUGCUGCGCCCAUGUCGACUGGACGUGGACCACCGUGUGCGAUUGCUACCGCGGGGGCUGGAAGUGCGAGCAGAAUUGCUUAGAGCAGUCACUAAUCGAGGAGAGCUUAUUCUACUCAAUUGGAACUAAUCUGUAUUACAAUCUGACGUAUAUGUACCCCGAAUCCAACAUCUGGCUCAUUGGACAUUCGCUGGGAGGGUCCCUUGCGUCUCUCCUGGGAGUGACGUUUGGUGCACCUGUUGUUGCGAUAGAAGCGCCCGGGGAGAAGAUGGCGGCCAGACGUCUGCAUUUGCCUUCGCCGCUUGAAGUCCAACACAUUACGCACGUGUACCAUACAGCAGACCCAAUCGCAAUGGGCACCUGCAAUGGCGUCCUGUCGUCGUGCGCACUAGGCGGAUAUGCUAUGGAAAGCCGCUGUCAUCUCGGUCGCUCGAUCAUAUACGACACAGUAUCGCAAUUUUCAUGGUCGGUAAACAUACGGACACAUGGAAUCGUAAACGUCAUAGAGAAUCUGUUAUCCCAGCCUUGGCCUCCAAGCGAAGAGGUAGGCAGAGAGGUGCCGGAGGCUAUUGUCGAAGACGACUGUGUGGAAUGCUUUAGCUGGGACUUCGGCGACUACCCUGCCCUCGAAGAAGCUUCGGUCUCGACGCGUGAUCUACACGGUCAGUAG